AUGGCCGAGAAAAAGGCGGACGCCCUGGCAGCUGGCAUGCUCUGGGGAGGGGGAGGUGGUUCGGAGGUUCGAAUGUCUCGGGACACAGGCAUCGGAUGCAGGAUACUGACCUCACGGUGCGCAGGUGCCAUGGAUCCUCUCAUGAACAAAGAGCCGUGGGUGCUUAUGCUGGAUUCCGUUCAGACUAUCUCGGACAGUCUAGGCAUAGCUAAUGGGGUCAUUGCUACCUUGAAGGUGCGGCCAGAGCAGAUGGAGGCUGCUCUGGACAAAACGAUGCUGGCCACUGAUGUCGCAGAGUGGCUGGUGAGGAAGGGAUGUCCGUUCAGAGAGGCUCACCACAUCUCUGGACGCGUCGUUGUACUGUCUGAAAAGCCGGACAUUUCGAUGGACAAGCUGACCCUUGAGCAACUGCAAGCCAUUGAUUCUCGGUUCACAGCAGACAUGGUGGAGGCAUUCGAAUAUGAAUCGAGUGUCGAGGCGAAAUCCUCUGGGGGCGCACCCUUCCUCGGAAGACAGACACAUUGCCAUAGCAGAGCAAAAAGUAGGUCAGAGCGCGCCGACAGACUCGGCCGGCAGGCGCCGGACGUGCCGCACCAACCGCCAGUCCGGCGCCGGGUGCCUGAUGAUCUCGCCGUCCUCCUUUUCCCUCUCGGGCAGCGCCGCCACCGCCACCUCGUCCCCGCCGGCGCUGCUCUGCCACGACUUGAAGUACGACCACUCCUCGAAGAAGGUCUCGCCGCGCGGGCUGCGCGUGUCGUGCCCGAUGCGCCGCUCCAGCACGACCCGGACCUCGGUCAGGGCCGACGCCGGCGGCGUCGCUAUGGGCGUCGUCUCGACGGGGGCGGCGGCGGCGACGUCGCGCUCGUGCCGCAGGAGCACCUCGGCGGCCCACUUGUCGACGAGGUCCUCGAGCUUGCGCUUGUCGUCGGGAUGGCGGUACUGGCUGAACUCGACGGAGAGGAGCCUGAGGCGGGAGAGGGGGGCUAUGAUGUCUGGGACGGCGUCCUGUACGUUGAGCAAGGGAGACAAUUGGAGGGAUGGGAAACCCGCUCCGCGGGGUUGAGGGUUGGAAAAAAGGAAAGGGGGGGAGUGGCAAACCUUGUCCGGGAGCCUCAGAGCGAGGUGCAGCUCCUCCAAGCCCGCCCCGAGGGCCGGGAUGUUCUCGGUCCACUUCAUCAGGUUGACGUAGCCCCGCUCCGGCCGGAGGCUGAGCCGCCGCCACUCCUUCUUCUGCAAGACCGCGGGCGCCUCCUUGAGCAUUCGCGUCGACGUCAGCCGCACGGUCAGCUCGGCCAGCCCGCUGCCGCUGCCGCUGCCGCCGCCCGGGCGCGGGCGCGCCGCGUGGACGUGCUCGACGAGGGCGAGGGUGUCCUGGCGCAGGCGCGUGACGGCCAGGGCCUCGAGGUUCACGGCGGCGCGCAGGUGGCGCGCGGCGCCGGGGCUGGCCUCGGCCUCCUGGCUGAGGUGGUCGUGCAGGGCGAGGCGGCGCAGGCGGGACGGGUCCGUCAGCGACGAGAAGUCGACGCCGGCGAAGUCGUCGACGGCGAGCUCGCGCAGGCGCAGCGGCGGCUCGUCGGCGCGGUCGACUCUGCCCGAGGAGGAGGAGGAGGAGGAGGAGGCGCGGCCCUCGGCGACGAGGCUCAUGACCCGGGCCCAGAAGAGCCGGACGUCCUCGACGUAGGCGGGCUGGCGGCGCGACAGGUAGAACAUCGGGUCGAGGGCCUCGGCCGAGCCGUGGACGCGCAGCGCCCGCAGGCGGCCGCGCGAGGCCAGGAUGAUGGACGCGGUGGCCUCGGCGUCCAUGCUCGCGGGCCCCACGAGGGUCAGGCUGCGCAGGCUGGCGAGCCGGAGGUGCUGCAGCAGGCUGCUCGUCCACUGCGGCGGCCGGUGCACGAGGACCUGGCGCGGGAACUGGACGACGGCGAGGGACGACAGCGCGCCGGCGGCGCGGAGCCGCUUCAGCACGGCCGACCUCGUCUUUCUGUGCCGUGCGGUUAG